CAAGACAUUGCUUCUCCACAUCUCCAUCUCAACCUUAAUUUCACAAAGCAUAUAUAAAACCAGUCUCCUUAAUUCACCUUCAUCACCCAAGUUAAGCUUUCUUCCUUUGCUUUGCUUUAGCUUCCGUCUUUUCUCUCCUGCCACAUUUUCGUGUUCUUGUUGGUUUUGAGUCAUGGAGCUUCAACUGGGUUUGGCUCUGUCGCUUCCGGUUCAUCAGAACGCUCCUGUCAAAGGGUUUGAUGUAACCAGUCAUGGGGUGAUGGGUUUGGAUUUAUGGAGCUAUGGAUGCUGCUUGGAGAGCAAAAGGAAGCGCAGUCACGACACGGCUUUCGAGAAGAUUGGAAGUGACGAUGAGUCGAAGAUGUUGCCUUUGUUGUUGUGGCAUGGCCUGCCGGAUGAGGAAGACGAUGAUGGCAAGAGGCAGAAGAAAAGAGACUCUUGCAGUCUCAUCGAUACCAAUGACGAUGGAGAAGGAAACCAAGUUGUUGGGUGGCCACCAAUUAAAUCAUGGAGGAAGAAGAUGUUUUUUCCUGAUCAUCAACACCAUGGUCAUGGCCACCACGAUCUCCAGAAUCAUCAGAAUAUAGUGGCAAAGGAAAAUGAUGGGCCAGAAAAUUCCAUGUACGUAAAGGUGAAGAUGGAAGGAGUGGGAAUUCUGAGGAAGAUAGAUAUAAAGCUGCAUCACUCUUAUCAGACACUUAGAGACUCCUUGAUAGCCAUGUUUGCCAAAUGCAAAGGAUGUGAGAAUGAGGAUACUGCAGAUUUUACUGUGACUUAUCAGGACAUACAUGGAGAUUGGUCGGUUGCUGGAGAUGUUCCCUGGCAAACUUUCGUCAACUCCGUGCAGCGCCUGGAGAUUGUAAAGAAUGGUGGUUUUACUGCUCUCCACAAGGUAGUAGAACACUGGAACUUGGUAAAUCACUUGAAUCUUACCAUUGACCCCUGCACUGAAAAUGCAACAUGGGCAUCUGGAACUGCGAAUCCCCGUGUGGCUUGCGAUUGUACAGGCAGCGCCUGCCAUAUUACUCACCUGAAGAUAUAUGCCUUGGACAUAAUUGGUGAUCUACCAGGAGAACUAUUUGAGCUAAAGCAGCUAAUAGACUUGAAUCUUGGUCAGAAUGUAUUAAGCGGGCGCAUUCCUCCUGAAAUAGGACUGUUAUCCAACAUGCAGUAUCUUAGCUUAGGCGUAAACAAUCUGUCAGGUCCAGUUCCAUCAGAGCUUGGCAACUUGGCCAAGUUGGUUGAGCUAAGUUUUAGCUCAAACCAGUUCUCUGGACCAUUGCCCUUGGACCUUGGAAAACUGACCUCCUUGCAGCAGUUGUACGUAGACAGCAGUGGAGUAACUGGACCAAUUCCACAGGAGCUUUCAAACUUAAAAUCCCUUCAAACUUUCUGGGCAUCUGAUAAUCUCUUCACCGGAAAACUCCCACAGUUCUUAGGGACUCUUACAGAACUCAUAGACUUGCGACUUGAAGGCACGUUGCUUGAUGGACCAAUUCCAAGCAAUUUUGGUGCUCUAACCAAACUAGACAUCUUGAGAAUUGGUGAUCUUAGCAACGAAGAUUCUUCUCUUGAUUUUUUGGAAAAUCUAACAAGUUUGUCCAUGCUGUCUUUGAGAAGUUGUCGAGUAUCUAGAGAAAUUCCUGAACAAAUUGGAAAGUUUUCCAAGUUGCAAUACCUAGAUUUGAGAUUCAACAAGUUGACUGGCUCAAUACCAAACUCAUUCCAAGAUGUUACUGUGCUGCAAUUUCUAUAUCUUGGAAACAAUUACUUGAGUGGAGAACUACCUACAAGUAUCGUAAGUCCACAGCUUAUUGCACUAGAUGUUUCCUUCAAUCCAAUAUCUGGCAAUUUACCUUCAAAUUUCUCCACAGAAGGAUUUUCACUGAAUGUGAUUGGUACAUCCAUCAAUGCAAAUGGUUUAUCAGACAGUGGGGAACCUGGAUUGUUGCAUUGUCUCCAAGGAGACACCAAGUGCAGUAAUAAACUACCAGCAUCUUCAUUUUCUAUUAAAUGUGGAUGCACAAGCCAGAAAUCUGUAUCUGGGAUCGAAUACGAUGAUGAUUCUGAAAUCCUGGGAGCUGCUUCAUCCUACAAAAGCUCUAGAAAUCAAUGGGCGGUGAGCAACACAGGAAACUUCCUUUUCAACUCAAACGGACCUCAAUACAUAGCAAACACAGAUUCUCAAAUCACCGAAACAUUAGAGUCAGAGCUGUACAAGACAGCAAGAAUCUCACCAACCUCACUUAGGUACUAUGGCCUAGAUUUGAAGAACGGAAAAUAUGUCGUUGUGCUUCACUUUGCAGAGUUGCAAAUGGAGGAAACAAAUUCCUGGAAAGGUCUCGGAAGGCGCUUGUUUGAUGUCUACAUUCAGGGUGAGAGAGUGGUCCAAGACUUGAACAUUCAGAAGGAAGCAGGGGGAUCCAAGAAGGCAUUGAUCAAAACAUUCGAGACAAACGUGUCAAACACAAUUAUGGACAUCCAUUUCCUGUGGGCUGGAAAAGGCACUUGCUGCAUUCCAUAUCAAGGCACAUAUGGACCUCUGGUCUCAGCAAUCCAUGUUUAUCAAGUCUCGGAUGCCGGGUCUUCUUCGAAAAGCGAGAGGAAGCGUGUGGGAAGGAUUUUGGGAGUGUCAUUUGGAUGUGCAGCUGUUGUGAUCAUAAUGUCAUCAGUGUUCUACCUAUGGUGGAUUAAAGAUGAUGCUGAACCCAGACAUGUGAGGAUACAUAGAGAGAUGCGCAAGAAAUGAGCAACCAAGUGAGAAUGUGUCACAAAAUGUUGUAUUUGGGAUCAAAUAAUUGAUCGAAACUCUUUGAAUUUGCGCAAGUAUCUUAUUUGAAUUCCAAAAGAAAAGAAAGGACGCGAUCACGGUGGGACUCGAACCCACAAUCUCCCGCUCCGGAGGCGAGCGCCUUAUCCAUUAGGCCACGCGAUCCAGUUGUCAGUUGUGCUGUUUCUAUAAUACUUGGCUCCCAAUGGGAAGUUUAAAAUUGUCGGAUUAACCAAAAAGCAAGAAAACA